AUGUUAAGCAAGAAGCUCAAUCCUGCAAAGGUCUUGUGCCGCAAUAUACUUCCUCAAUCCACAUCGUUUCCGCGAAACCGCGAGUUUCAAGAAGUCCGUCUCCACCAGGAUUGUCCCUCGCCGUUGAGUAAAAGGCAAGCCACCACCUCCGAUGGCUCGACAGCUUUGCAUCUUGCCGCACGACAUGGGCAAGCGAACAUCGUGCGGCGCUUAUUACGAGCAGGCACAAACAUUCAUGUUACGAACAAUGGAGGUUGGUCGCCAGCUCACACUGCGGCGUGCCACGAACAGGUCGAGGUUUUGCGGCUUCUGUUCAAAAUGGGAGCUGAUUUCGACUGCCUGACGCUGGAGGGUUCAACACCAUUAUCCAUAGCGGCAGAAUACGGGGCUUUGGAUGCCGUCCGUUUUAUCCUCGACAUCGGCGCAGGCGAGAGCGGCAAAAGCCAUCCUCAGGAUUGGACACCUUUGCAUUGGGCGGCAAACGAGGGGGAGCUAAGUGUCGUGCGGUACCUCGUCUGUGAAGGAGGAUUUCAACCAGACCUGGCGCCGCCGGAUGGGACGACAGCGUUGUCCCUCGCCUCGGAGGAGGGGCACAUCGACACGGUGCUUUUCCUACUCGACAGUGGAGCGAACCCCAAUGCAACGAGUGGACUGGAAUGUUGGACACCGUUGCACUGGGCAGCAUGCAAUGGGCACGUAAGUGUUGUGCAACUUCUGCAAGAGAGAGGUGCCGACCCCGGCCUACGAACAGCAGAUGGAUCAACAGCAGCAGACCUGGCAACGGAAGGCGGGCAUUGCGCCGCAGCUAGACUUCUACUCUGA